UUACACUCGGCUCUCAUGGAUACAGCGAACAAAUGACGAAGUACGCGAAACCCGCGCUCACGAAUUUUUGCCCCUCGAGGAAACAGAGAUAUCAUUUUCACCCUUCGUCAACGAGAAGCUUCCCAUCUCCUCCGAGAGGCAUUGAAGGCUAGAAUGAUUCAGGUUGAUUCAUCCAUCGUCAUCUUUGCCCCAUACUCUGGUUCCUCCAGCCGAGGCGCAGCAUGGAAGUUGUCGUCGGCAUCUUCGUCAAAGUUGCGCGAUGGCCCCCUUGGGUCUUGGAAAAUAUCCUAGCACAAGACACUCUGCGGCGGGCUGAAGCUGUAUCUCCUACACCGCAAGGAGCAAGGCGAAAGUACAUUAUUGCUGCCAUCGUUUGGGUUCGAUCUUCCUUCCCCAACCACCCCACCAUCGGUAGUCUCCUUCACCGUAUCCAGGGCCGCCAUGAGCGAUCGACUUUACGGCGGGAGCCCAUGUGCUGUCCCUGUCGCUCAUCACCUGAAGAGCUCAGUUUGUGGCCGACCUCUUGCGGUUCCAUACCUACCAUGCCACCAUGCCUGCCAGCCAGCUAAACAAGUCUCCCCGACAACGCGAGACCUCUAUUCAGUAAAAGGCACGAGAGAAACCGACAUGGCCCAUAAGCCACCGAUACGGGCAGGUCUCAGGGGUCCCGCAUACGUCAGGCAUUGCGUAUCAUGGCUCAGCUCCGCCGGGGGGGUUCAGUCAUUUACUGCGUACUAUCCAAUCCGCCCCUGCGGCCGCCUACCACAGCUGCAGCAAGCCACCGCAAGCUGCUGUACUCUGCCCGUUUGGGCGACGGACGACGCGGGUCGGACAGAGAGGGAAGCUGGGCCUGUCCGCCGCCGUGGAAGCAGAGAGAAGGACACAGACGAGACACCGGUCGAUACCAGUCUCCAGACAGGCAGCGGGACGGACUUCAGCGGCGGGUUACGCAGAGAAGGACGAGACCGAUGACAAGCCGGGUACGACGGUGCUCCGACUGACAGACCUCGGAAUUUAGGUCUCUGUGCGCUUGUCCGUCUUGGGUUAAGAAUAGGCGAUUGAACAGAACAGACUCAAGUUGCGGUCCGUGGAAAGGCAAAAAAAUCAACAGACCAGACGAUGUCUGAGGUUCAACGACGACAAGUGCGGCACGGAGUGAGUACCGGAGACAGAGUGGUGGCGGCACCGAUGGACGAGCAAGCAAUAAAGUCACCGUGGUCAUCCAUCCACAACAAGCCUUACCCGCUGAGCACGCCGCACAUCACACCCACUCCAGCCCCUCCAGAAGCCCAGUUCCCCUUCCUCUUCGGGGGGGGGGGGGGAUAAGACGUGGGAUCCCUUUCCAGUCAGGG